UGAUGGUGUGUGUGAUUAUUCCGCACACCAUCGUUACACUGUGUUCUUCUCGCAUAACAACCAUGUCAGCCGGGCAGGUGUAAGACGGCCAGAAGAACUACUCUAUGUAAGAUGAACGCUGAUGACAAGUUGGAUGGCAUGCUGCUGAAGUGCAGCAACGGAGGGGUAGAUGGAGGAGCGCGAGUCGGGCUGGCCGGCGGAAGAGGACUAGUGUUGAUGACCCUGGGUGAACGGUCCCUGGUGAACCACCCUCUCUUGGCCGAGGACGAAGACGACGAUGAAGACGACGAGGAAGACGAGGAGGACGAAGACUUGACCGGGACCUCGCUGGUCACUCACGACCUUCUCCCACCAGAGCAGCUGAUGAUGCAGGAGGAGACGAUGAAGAAUAUUGGUGGUGGAGAAGAGGAGGAGGGAGGAGGAGAGGUGGGAGUGCAUUUCCCCCUAAAACUCACCAAUAAGUUGCCGUGCUUGCUACAUAUGCCAAUGAGCAUCAAGCAGGAAGUGAAGCUGUCUGAACCAGCGGUCCAGAUAAAGAAGGACAAGAAGGCAUCCAAGGACCUGCUGGUGUGUCCCAAGAAGAAGAAAAGGAAGCAGCAUUCACCAGCAAAGAUUCUCAGCAACAAUGACGACGAAUCAUUGGGCAUGCAGAGUCCCAAGUGUCACAUCUGUGGUCACUGUAAUGCUGCGUUCAGAACCAACUAUCAUCUGCAGAGGCACGUCUUCAUUCACACUGGUGAAAAGCCAUUUCAGUGCAGCCAGUGUGACAUGCGCUUCAUUCAGAAAUAUCUCCUCCAGCGACACGAGAAGAUCCACACUGGGGAAAAGCCUUUUCGCUGUGAUGAGUGUGGGAUGAGAUUCAUUCAGAAGUAUCACAUGGAGCGACACAAGAGGACUCACAGUGGAGAGAAGCCCUACCAAUGUGACUACUGUCACCAGUACUUCUCCAGAACAGACCGGGUUUUAAAGCACAGGCGAAUGUGUCACGAGAGCAGGGAGAGAAAGAACAACAAGGCUGCUGGAAAAGUGGGAGCUUCACGUGAAGCAGAUUCUUUAGGUCUCCCCAUGCUUGCCAAAGAGUGCUCACUCCCCAAGAAAAAACGCCAGAAGUGUGCAGACAAGAGCUCAGGCGCUUCCUCCACUGUCCAGACGGAAGGGCACAUCAUCGCUAUUGUAGAAACGGAGGAGAAGGAGGAGCAGAGACAGAAAAAAAUUGAAGGUCCACCUCUCUAUGAUGUGUCCUCCAAAGUCAAACACGAGUAUGUGAUUGCCGACUACUCAGUGGAGUUCCCUGAAGACAUGGCCGGCCACCACGAAGAAGAAGAAGACGUGUCGUCAGAGGAGACGACCCCUCCUAAGCUUGUUCUGAAGAAAGUCCCCAAGAGGAGUCAGAAGCUGUCCAGCGAACAGACUCCUCCUUGUCUGUCCACGUUGUCUUCCUUUGAGGAAAAUACCAAGGUCACACAGUACACCUUUGAAAUCGUGGACAAGCAAGGCCUUCUAGAAAUAGAAAGCAACACUGAACUGGAGUCAGUCGAAACCCUUCAAGGAGGACCAACAAAGCCAGCACCCAGCAGCACAAACUACGACGACGCCAUGCAGUUCCUCAAGAAGAAACGCUACCUUCAGGCGGCCAUGGCCAACAACAGUCGGGAAUAUGGCCUGAACACAAGCAGCAUCUCCUCCCAGCCGCCUGUUACACAAACCGUGGUGUCGGCAGUCAUUGACGAAACUGUCCCCGUCACCAUUCUCGAGUCGCAGCCAAUCAACGCAGAGAUCAAGGCAUCUCACGACAAGAGUGUGUUACCAGAUGAGGUUCUUCAGACACUGUUGGAGCACUACUCCAACAAAGCUAACGGGCAGUCGGACAUCUCCUUUAGCGUGGCAGACACGGAGGUGACGUCAAGCAUAUCCAUCAAUUCCUCCGACGUUUCGGACAGCAGCCCCGUUGAGAGCCUCGGAGCCUCCAGCGCCCAGGCUCCCCCGGCUACAGAGAAGGUCAGCCUCCUGCAAGAGUACUCCAAGUUUCUCCAGCAAGCCCUGGAGAGGACCAGCCAGAACGACACCUACCUGACCAGCCAGAGCCUCAGCCUGGUCUCUGAAAGCCCCACGUUAGCCGGACAGCCUCUGUUCUCCACAGAGAAACAGUUUCCUUCCCCCAGCAGGUUCAAAUCAGGAAUGAGCUCCCCUCUGAGGUCCACUUUAGACAAACCUCACUUUGGAUUACUGGUCGGGGACUCCCAGCACUCGUUUUCAUUUUCAGGCGAUGAAACCACCCCUCCCUCCACAGUGUCCCCCGCUGAGGAGGACUUUCUGGAGCAGGUCUCGCCCUCUAAAAAGACAGAGUCCUCACCAGGAAUACUGCAGACAUUUCAGAUAAGCUCCUUCGAUCAGAACUUCAAAACUCACUUCCAGACAUCGAGAUCUGGAGCCUCCUCACAGUUUACUGUAAACAACGGACAAGUAAGUCUCCGGGCACACAGCACGGACUUCGCAGAGUUCCCCUUAGUCAGAGUCACUGAGAGCAGAUCUCAACUGAACUCCUCCCCAGACGUUUCAUCCAGUGAAACAUUUGGCUGAAGGGAUGUGUGUGUGUGUGUGGGGGGGUCAUCAUUCAUUUCUGUCAAUAAUUUCGGCUGCACUUUAUCUCAUGUCUCCUUUUUUGCCAAAUCAAGUCCUGUUGUAAACGAGUGCUCUUUCUUGAAGCAUUUGAUCACAAAACUCAUUCAUGAUCUUUUUUCUUUCUAAGUUCAACCUCAACCGAAUGGAAGUACUGACAAUGAAUUAAUCACGAGCAUUUCCCCUUUAAAAAAAGUGAAUUCUAAUCAUCAGUGGGUAUAUUUCCCCGGAAUGUACAUGAAGAGAUAAGGGGUGACCAAAGUUUAAAGUGUGAGGAAAUAAUAUGAAAAUGAUAUUGAAAUAUUCUCUCAUACUGUUGCCAUAGUUUAUUUUGAAUGUUUUUAUUUGUCAAUCAGUUUGCCUUUUGCUGCUUAAUGCAAUAUUUCCACUAUUUAAAAUGUAGGCCCUAUUUAUGUAUAACUUUUUUUCUCUUUCUGUAGCUACCUCCCCCGAGCUGUGUAUCAGGUUAUAGUUCAGUUCUCUAUGAAGCCAGGGCCACACUGGAUGUGUGAGCGCUGCUGGUGCGUUGGAGUCCCGUCUCGCUUCUCAUUUCUGUGCCUGUGUCCUCAGCUCAGAGCGGCCACACUGCCCAUGCUUUUCUUUUAGAGAGUUUGGGUCUCACCUAUUUUCUCUGAAGUACAGCACUUGGUUCACAGAAUCCGUUAAUCUGUCUUAACAAGGUGCACCAUAAGAUGCACAACUUUCCUACAGUAGAGUCCUGGCAUUUAGUUGAGCACAUCACUUUAUUAUACUAUUGAUAUCUAUAUAUAUGUAUAUCUACAUAUAUAAUUAUAUAUUUAUUUAUAUAGUCAUCUAAGCAGAAACUUCAUGUAGCAGCUCUGCAGCAGACACACAACAGACACCUGAACAGAAGCAAGCGACACACAGCAGAUCAGUGACGCAGCUGUCACACACUGCACACGCACCCAGUGUGGCCCGGGUGGGAACUCCUGUUAAACUGCUCAUUAAAAUGAAACCAGAAUUAGAGAUUAUUGACUAAAUGUCUUUUUGAACUGGCCUCAAAUGGGUGUUUCUACACAAAUCGUGUAACGGUGUUUGUCGGAUCUGAUUCUCAUUCACAGAUUGAACCUAAUUUGUUUUUUGUGAUGUCCCAAAAUAAUUAUCAAUCAUGAAUUGUUUAACAUUCUUGGUGGAAUUUCCAGGUAGUGACUUUUACCAAUAUAACGUCAGUGCAGUAUAAACUGUGCAAUUUUUAAAAAGGCUGGGCCGAUUAGAUCUGAAAGAUUUUCUCCCCCCCCAAAAAAAGCUGCACGCAUGUAAUGUCUGCAGGAUAAUUCUUAUUUUCUCUUGGUUGUUGUGAAAUCACACGACAGGAUUGUGCUUAAUGUUUGCACAACUUGCACAUUAUUCACUACAAGAGAUGUGGCACUUAUAUCACAGUGGAUGAGUUGCAUUAUACCUUUAUUUAAAAAAGGCAAAAACUGAGAUUUCUGACAUGGACCAAUUAUAGUGAAAGCCCCUUUGUCAGAUAUACAUUAUGAGAUGACCCUCUUUGCUUUAGUCACUUAGCUGCAGCUUGACGUCUGGUUCUUAUCGGAGCUUGCACUGGUUUCUGGGGAACAAAACCUCCAUGACGAGAACCCUUUCUUUUCAUUGAAGGUCAAAGGUCAAAGAAAACAGGGAGAUUGGUUUUCAAGUUUCAUCAAUUUUGUAUGUGCCUUUCUUUCUUUCUUUCUUUUUUCUUUUUCUUUUCUCAUUCUUUAACAUGCAUUCUCUCUGCCAAUGUUCUAAAGUAACUAAUUCAACUUGCACAAUAUCAACACACAUAAGCUAUAUCAACCUGUUCAGUCUGUGAUACGUUGAGAUGUGGGAGCUAUGUUUAAUUUUGCCCAUCAUAGACUUUAAGAAAGAAAUAGCACAGAGUCAAGUCUUAAACCAUUAUCUGUACCAUGCUACAGUUUGUCCAUAUGAGUUAUGUUAUAUAUAUAUAUAUAUAUACGUAGUUUUGAUCGUGAUCCGCUCGUAAGCAACAUCUGUCUAUAGGCCUUGUUUUAAAUAUGGUUGAGUGAGAUCUCCUCUGUACUUUAUCGCACUCUUCACUGUAUUCCACGUGUACAUGUUUGUGUUACGUCUUAGGUGCUACUGUGUUGAUCACUGUACCAUCGAAAACUAGGUUCGCUCCCUCCCCCUCGAGCUCCCUCUUGUUAACGUUUCUGCUGACAAUCAGGGACAGACGGACAUAGGUGCCGAUUCUGUGGGUGAUCCGGGGUAACAUUAGCAUUGAUUUUAUGCUAAAACUAGGCUACCCUUUGAAAAAAACAUGCAACGAAACAUCCCACCCCCUCCCAUUGGCUCUCUCGUCAAAGCUACGCCUCCAAAACACAUGAACGUAUACUGAGUGACAACUGCUGGAAGCCGUCUUUUCCGUGACUUGCCCGCUAACCUCGGUCUAUCGUCAGCGAAUGGUCCUGUUUAAUACAGUUCUAUGAGCAGUUGCAUUUUUCCUGUCUUUAUAUUGUGAACAGGUAUUCAAGAACUAGAAUUAAAAGUGUUUCAGAAUCAAAUGACCAACCCUGGACUUCACGGAUGGUGUGAGAUUACAAACAACUGGAGGGACCACACACGUCUGUGAUUGCUUGCAACUCUGUCAGUGUCCUGCUCAAAAUCCUAGUCACCAAUCAAUGUCAGUUAAACUUAAGAUCUCCGGUCAUACGUUUUAUUUAGGGCGAGUGUCAACUGAGAUGAAAGUUACUUCACGGCUGCGUGCGGGUCAUCCCUGUUCAUUUCCUACGGUGCUGAAAUGCUCAAAUUUGUCCACUUUUUACAAUUUCGCAAUUCAAGUAAGCUAUGGUUUUUGCAUUGGCUUUAUUUUAGGACGUGGGGGUCGGAUCUUACUGUUUCAAGCUCCCAUUGGCUGCGGCAUAAAUCGACGCCUACUCAGACAACCACCCGCAUUAAUCCCAAGAUACUUUAUUUUAUCCUCAUUGAACAUUCCCUCUAGAAUGUACAGACAAUAUUCUGCUGUAAAUACAUUGUAUAUUUUUACGUUCUGAGAAGUACUGUUCGAUCUCUGUGUCGAUCGCGGGACAAGGCUCAUGCAAGAGACACUUUUUGUCAGAGAAAGGCACAUCUGUUCGUUUUCAGCAUUCACGCUGCGUGUUCCUGAGGUUAGUGUGUAAACAAUGUUAGCAGAAGACAAUUGACCCUUUUACGGUUUUAUUGGUUAUAAAAUUGCUUGGGACAUUAAUGCAGUUGAUUUUGCAUCAUGAUGGGUUUUGACUGUACAAAAAUGUAUGUAGAAAAACACCCAGAAAGUAAUGCUCCAGCAUUUUUGGUGUUCAACCUCAGCAGCUUAAAUUCAUGUCAGUUCAAGUAGAUUUUGAAUGGAAUUUUACUCAAAAAAAUCUCUAAAUAUUCCUUUACCUCCCUGUUUCACUGAAAGCAGUUUUUAAAAGCACAUCGCAGAGGAGUAAUUCUAUUGUGGGAAAUUGUAAACCCCAUUAAAGUGUUCAUUUUGAAUUCAGUUAAAAAAAAACAACUGUUUAUGGAGAUUCAUGACCUAUCAGCAGUACAACGGUAUUUUUCCUUUCAAUGAACUACUGUCAGUAACCUGGCCAUAAGUGUCCUUGUAUAAGCUAGAGAAAAAAAAAGCUUGUCUGAAAAAGAAAAAGAUCUGAAUUAUGAAUUUUUUGAUAAAGUAUUUUUGAAACGUGUCAUCUAUUGCUACCCUCGUUUCCUCUCUGUAUAAGUCCUUUGUGUCAAGAUGAUUCAAACAGGAUGGAGCGUAAACCUGAACCGGCGUUUUCAUACUUCUAACGAACUCUGACGAGGAAGCCUCAUCGCUCCACUGCCACCAGGGGGCGGGAUAGCGUUGAUCUCAAGUUAGACAGGGAGGUUUGUUUGCAUGGGCUCUAACUUGUCGGGUCGAGUGAACUUGUUCUUUUUUUUUUUUUUAAUAACGUGCAGCUUUAAUUGUAGCUGGUAAAUUUCAGUCAAGUAACCCCAUAUGAUUAGAUCGUUUUGCAAUAUGUUAUGGUUUGUAAACAAUCAGAUUAAAUUGUUGUUUUGAUUGUUGUGUGUCAUGUCCUUAUAAAUAAAAAUGAUUCACACCAUGA